CUAAUGUGCCCAGGGUGUCCGGCGCAGGGAGGACCGGGGGGCUGCUGUGGACAAGUUGAGCAGCCGCGGUUGUUGAGUUAGCCGCGACUGAGCCGUGCUAGUCGGCUAGCGCCCCUCGGCGAGGCGCCCCGGCGGCAGUCGAAGCGAGUUUCGCUUCACGCUGCAGACAAGCGGUCGUUCGACACGUCUGCACCGGGCACACAGGUUCCGUUUGUGUGCGACUUAACCUUGCGCUAACUAGUGCGAGCGUUGAUUAACCUUGGCUAGCCGGCGGCUCGCGCAUUUCCGUCAGGAAUCCUUCUGCGCGUUGCACGCGGUUAAUGCGCGUGUUGGUGUUUCAUUCCGCAGCGUCUCGUUGUUCAUGGCUCGAGUGUACCGCUGUGUUCGGUCGGACACAAUGCUGCUGCUGCUGCUGCUGACAAAAUACCGGAGAUUUGGAAUUGGAAGCUGUUGCCACCAAAGAAACUGAAGCAUCUUAACAGCGAUCAAACCCAUAGAGGGAAGAACAGUGGAUGGAAGAGAGAGAGAGAGACGGAGAAUGUGAAGAGGAAGGAGGAUAAGAAAAUACAGGACUGGGCAAAAGUGCCAGAUCAUACCAAGUCAAGACAGUCCUGAAUCUAAACCACAUUCCCCCCUUCCCCCUCCCCGUAUAUACAGCUACAUACUCGCACAUACACGUACAUACAAACACACAUACAGUCUUCAGCGAUGCCAAGGGGGCCUGAUCAGCUUGCUGCCCGCUCUGACAAGCCCUGCCUCUUCAGCUUAGACCCUUGAGGCUGUGUCCUCUGAGCUUUGACUUUUGACCUCCCCUCUGUCGACCUGGGAUCCAGAGGUCACCUGUUCUCCACUCAACCCAGGGACGCCCUCCUGCCCAGCCAGGAGCCGCUGCCACAAGCCGCAAUCACAGGCAUGGCUCCCAUUCGGGAUUCCGUCAGCCACUCCCCUAAUCAAACAGGUCUGGAGCAUCCUGGCUUGGACUCACAGUAUGAGCCUUCCCCAUGGUCCUCUGGCUCUCCCUGCAGCAGUGAUAGUAACAGCAACUGGGGCAAAGUCCUAGCCGACAGAAGUACUGACAAACCCAAUAACCCUUCUUCAACCAACUCUUCUGUCUGGCCUCCCUCCUCUUUCUCCUGCUCAUCUUCUUCUUCCUCUUCUGGCUGUGGGUCAGGAUCAGACCCUGAGCUGGCAUCAGAAUGCAUGGACGCUGACUCUAGCUCCUCAAUUGGCUCAGAAAAAAACCUCUCCACUGUUGCCGUGACAACAGUGAUGAUGAUGUCAGCAAAUACUUCUUCCUCUGUGUCUUCUACGGCUUCUUCCCCCUCUUCCUCUUUGGUGACUGCUGCCAUGAUGGUCGGCGUUUCCGUAAAUGGAGACAGCAACGGCAACAGUCGUCAGGUUAAUGGUGGAGGGAUGGGAACCAUCAGUGGCACAAAUAAUGGAAAUAACAUCACAGGGUCCUCCCACUACUCCGGGGCUGGGUCCAGCAGUAUUGGCAGCAAUAACAUGGGUAACCACAACAUCAAGCUUGUCAAUAACAGUGGUGUAUGGGGCACCCAGUCAGGCGGCAACACGAUAACCACAGGUGGAAGCACCCCAUCCAUCAAUGGAGGGUUAAACCCAAACACUUUAAACCCAAAUGCCAACCAUGGUGCCUGGCCCCAGAAUCUAACCCCAAGCCCAGUUUCCCUCGGCCAACGGCCUCCACAGGCUCCGGGGAUGAGUUCCAAACUGGGUAUUGCCUCCCACCAGGGCCCCUUGCUGGGCUGGGGUGGCAUGGCAGCUCGAGACAACAGCAGUAUGAUGGAAGAUACUGAUAUGAAUAAUGGUACAGCAAGCAGCAACAGUGGAAAUGGUGGCCUGCAGCCAACCAACCUUAACACUGAAUCCAAUGGACCAAAUAACACUAUUAUGAUGAAUACUACUACUACUACUACUAAUGCCACAAUGACCUCUAGUCCACCAAACUCUAUCACCUCACCCCAGCUCAGCGGGGAUUGUUCCUGGGGUUCCAUUGGAGGAGGGAAAGGUGGUCUGCUGGCCAAUGGAAACCCCACAUCAGCCCCCCAGAACCCCCAAGGAGAGCUGGUGAGUGCUGGGGCCUUCGGUACGCCUUGGGGCGCAACUACCUACCCUGGAGACAAGGGCCUCCCAAAUGCAGACACUGUGAACCCCCAAAACCCUGCCUUAAUGCAGGCUGGAAACCCCCAAAUCCCCUCUACUGCUGCUUACAAGAGUAAUAAUAACCACCAUAACACUGGGGCCCCACGCUGGGACCAGGGGCCUGCCAACAACCCAAACCAGCCUCAGAGCAACUUGUCCUGGGGUGUCGGCUCAAAUCAAAUCCCAGGCUCUGCAGCCCCAGGCAAUGGUAACCAAACUGCGAUGGGCCCUCCAGCAGGCUUACCUCGUCCCUGGGGAAGCAGUGCAUCGUCUUCUUCCUCGUCCUCAUCGUCCUCCUCCACAUCAAACAAGAUGUCAAAUGGAGAAUGGGGAUCAGCAGCUCCUGGUAACAAUGCCUCAGAUGCUGGAAGUCAGAAGGGAAGCUCUGCCAACAAUGGCUGGAAGAGCCUGGAGGAUGAUGCCAUGGGCAUGGGAGGUGGAGGUGGUGGAGGUGGUGUUGGUGGAGGAGGUGGAGGAGGUGGAAGCCAUGGUUUAGGGAGUGUCACUGGAGGUUGGGGUCGGUCUGGAGGAAGUGAGGGAAGUGGAGAAAGCUCUGGAGGUCGAUCCAGCUCAGACAGAGAUGGAAGCCAGCAAAAAGGAGGAAACCGAAGAAAAGCUACCAUUUCUGAACCAGUCGCAUCAGCUCCUGCCCAGGCCGAUGUGGAUCCACGGGUUCUGUCCAACACUGGGUGGGGUCAGACUCCCAUACGGCAGAACAACGCCUGGGAUGUCAAUUCUCCUAUUAACAAGCAGCUCCAGGGUCCCAGAGGAGAUGAAAGAAAGCAAAGCAGUGGAGGCUCCAGCUGGGGCACAGCAUCACCGGCUGCUCCCUCCCCGACAUCCGGAGGCUGGGGAGGUAGGCCGGGCAGCUCAGGUCCAGAUACAGGAGGUUCUGGCUGGGGAGAUCAGAGACAAACCUCUGGGUGGGACAGCAAAGUCCCAGCCAGUGGAGGAGGUGGGCAGAGUGGCUGGGUAGAUGGAUCCAGCUACAAGGGUAGCAACACCAACAGUAACACAUGGAGCAACAAUUUUAACAAAGAUGACAGGUCAAAUACCUGGACUAAUGCACCCAAACCGCAGCAAAGCUGGGGUUCCAACAGUGGAAAUGGAACUGAAGGGUGGGGUAGCGGUGGAGAUGGUCCCCGAGGAGGAGCCAACAACCACUGGGGGGAUCCCCAAAAAGGUGCUGGCUCAGUGGGCUGGGACAGCGACAGCGACCGGUCUGGCUCUGGAUGUUGGAACGAACCAAGCCGAGCCAACACCAACACCACCACCAGCAGCAGCAGCAACACCUGGGUAGGGAGUGGAGGAUCAAACACUCCAGACCAGAGCGCACCAAACCAAGGUUCCAACUGGGGCGAAUCGGUCCACAAACCCAAUCCUCAGAGCAACAGCCAGGGCUGGGGUGAGCCAAUGAAGAACAACAACCACGGAGGCCAGAACUGGGGUGAAUCAAAUCCCAAGCCUUCCAACGAGUGGGGAAAAGGUCCUGAAUCCAACAUGUCCAGAGGCAAUCAAGGCGCUAACAAGCCCACAGGCUGGCUGGGAGGUCCCAUACCCACUGGAGGUCAGAAGGAGGAAGCGUCUACUGGGUGGGAAGAGCCUUCUCCAGAGUCCAUACGUCGCAGGAUGGAAAUCGAUGACGGCACUGCAGCUUGGGGAGAUCCUGGUAAAUACAGUGGUGGACCUGUCAAUAUGUGGAACAGGACCAGCCAACCAGAGCAGGAGAAAAUGGGCCCGUCCUCUCAGCACCAUUCCCACCCAGCCCACAACUCGAUGCGUCCUCCUCAGCCUAUGCAUCCCCCUCAGCCUAUGCAUCCCCCUCAGCCCAUGCAUCCCCCUCAGCCCAUGCAGCCUCCUACCCAGGAAAAAAACUGCAGUUCCGGUUGGGGUGAGCCAUACCCCCAGCAUAAGGAGUCCUCAUCAUGGGGGGAGCCUACCGCUGCUCCACCUGUUAAGGUGGACAAUGGCACGUCUGCCUGGGGGAAGGCUAAAGACAACAGCUCCAGUUGGGAAGAACCCAGCAGGGACAGCAGAGAGUCCGGGUCUGGCUGGGGUGGCCAGCAUAAGUCAGCUCCAGGUCCCAAGCCCAUGGAGACAUGGUGUGGUGAGGAUGGGUCCAUGGGCAAUAGCUGGGACCAGGAAGAAGAGGUGGAGAUUGGCAUGUGGAGCAACAGCCAACAUGACAACAGGUCCCAUGACCAAAACACCUGGAACUACAAGCAAAAACCCUCAAACAAGAUGAACAAAUCAGUCAACAAACAGGACGAACCCUGGAUGAAACCUUUCGUCAACCAGUUCAGCAGCAUGAACUUUUCUAGAGACUCUCCUGACGACUCCAUGAAGACAGGAGCAGGGAUGGUGCAGGACAAGCGUAUGGACAUGGGCAGUAUGGGAGACUACAAUGGAGUGAUGGGGAAGAACCUUGGGUCUCGACACCAGCUCCACAAGGAGUCUGCCAUGGAUCGCAGCCCUUACUAUGACAAGAAUGUAAACCCUAUGUUGGGUGGCAGCAGCGUAGCACAAGGCCGAGGCGGCCCCCAGUCCCAGGUCCCCCCACAACCCAACCUUCGUAACCAAGUGCCUCCACCCAUCCUGCCCUCUCAGGUCCCUCCAUCCCUGUUGAAGUACCCAGGAGGUAACGGAAGUCUGAACCCUCUGUUUGGACCUCAGCAGGUGGCUGUGCUCAACCAACUCUCCCAGCUCAACCAGUUGUCACAGCUCAACCAGAUCAACCAAUUACAGCGUCUUCUUCUCCAGCAGCAGCAGCAGCAGCAGCAGCAGCAGCAGCAGCAGCAGCAGCAGCAGAAGGCUCAGAGCCAGAGAGCCAUGCCUGUGGGACGACAGACUGAACAGACACGUCCUAUUGGUUCGUCUCCAUCAAUGAUGCAUCCCCCGCGUCAUCUGGACCCGUCUUUGAUGAAACAGGCCCCGCCUCUCAAACCGUACCUAGAUAACUACAUGUCCCACAAUGCUCCUGAGAUGCAGAAGGAUGCUGCCGCUCUUGGAUCCUUCAGCAACUUCCCUUUAAGCUUGAACCCUAACCUGAAUGUAUCCCUGGACAUGGGUGUUGGUGGUAGCAGUGGAGGCGGAGCUGUGAGCUACAAAGAGCCGCCCCAGUCCAGAAUGAAGAAACUUUGGGCUACUGACCCUCUGGAGCAGAACAGCAAACCUGGUACACAACAUGUUUAUGUUAAUGGAAGUGCUAUGUCGUCUGGCCUGCGUCUGGAGGACUCUCCCUUCUAUGACUUCCUGUCUCCCGGCCCAUCUCCCCUGAGUCCUCCCGGCCAAUCAAUGGGCUCGGUGGGCGAUGGCUGGCCAACCCGUGCCAACUCCCCCCCGCCCCAUGGAAACACUGUCACCUGGCCCCCAGAGUUCCGGCCCGGGGAGCCUUGGAAAGGUUACCCAAACAUUGACCCUGAGACUGACCCCUAUGUGACCCCUGGCAGUGUCAUCAAUAACCUCUCCAUCAACACCGUCCGCGACACAGACCACCUCAGGGACAGGAACAACGGGCCAUCCUCAUCACUGAACACCACGAUGCCUUCUAACAGUGCCUGGUCAUCCAUUCGUGCCUCCAGCCACAGCGGUUCCCUCACCAGUACAGCACAAAGCACUUCAGCCAGACCCAGUGAGUCAAAGUGGUCUCCCGGUGGCGGUUCUGUGUCCAACUCCUCCCUGGCCCAUGAGCUGUGGAAGGUCCCCCUGCCUCCCAAGGCGCUGUCCGUGGCAGCCCCCUCCAGACCACCACCAGGCCUCACCAGCCAGAAGCCCAGUCCUGCUUCCUCUGGCUGGGAUGCCUCUUCCCUGAGGUUGGGGGGGUGGGGCUCCACUGAGUCCAGAUACACACCUGGUUCCAGUUGGAGUGACAGCAGCAGCUCAGGGAGAAGCCAAUGGCUUGUUCUGAAAAAUCUGACACCUCAGAUUGACGGCUCUACCCUGAGGACCCUGUGCAUGCAGCAUGGCCCUCUGAUCACAUUCCACCUCAACCUGCCACAUGGUAACGCUGUAGUGUGCUACAGCUCAAAGGACGAGGCCGCCAAGGCCCAGAAGAGUCUGCACAUGUGUGUUUUGGGGAACACUACUAUUCUGGCCGAGUUCGCCAGCGAGGAGGAAAUCAACCGUUUCUUUGCACAAGGGCAGUCAUUGGCCACUCCCUCCUCCAGCUGGCAGGCCAUAGGCUCCUCUCAGACCAGAAUGGAUCAGUCUCACCCCUUUCCCAGCCGCGCUCCUGAACCGAACCAGUGGAACAGCAGCGAUCUACACAGCUCCUCCCUCUGGGGCGGGCCCAACUAUUCCAGUAGCCUGUGGGGGAACCCCAGUGGCACCGAGGCAGGAAGGAUCAGCAGCCCUUCUUCAAUCAGCUCCUUCCUCCCGGUGGAUCACCUGACAGGGGGUGGGGACUCCAUGUGAACCACCUGCCAAUAAAACUGGCUGGGGGAAGGGUCAGUAGAGAAUUAUCAAUAAUCAGCAGCAGAAAAAAAAAAAAGUAGUUAAAAACACAAAGGCACUAGUUGGACUCUUUCUCACUUACAAGAUAUUCAACAAAACGGGGUCUCCCCUGUGGAAAACAAGUUACGUUUCUCUCUCUGCACAUAUGUCCACUUUGUUUUAGCCCAAAAACAUAUCAGUCGGAAUACUUGAAUCAUGCAGGCCAAUUCUAUAAUGUGAACGGAUGGAUAUUUGCUUCCAGGUAGUGCUCUUUCAGACCGAAAAAAGCUUCAAUCGAGCUCAUUAUAAUAUAUAUAUAUAUAUAUAUAUAUAUAUAUAUAUAUAUAUUUUGUUUUUUUUGUUUUGUUUCAUUCAUCAUGUUUAUUUGAAUUCCAAUUCUUUUUAUUUGUUUUUUUUUUUUUUGCAUUUGUUUGCUGACAAUGUUGGAGUAUGAGCUUUUUUAACUUUGCACUGAAUGUGGUUUUUUCUCAGUAUAUAUAAUCUGCAAUAUAGAGGGAGCAGCCAGUUUUUCCAGUGUAGCUGUUUACUCAUUGAGGUCCUUACCGUAUGUGUGUGUAAACGUGUGCACACGCACGUGUGUGGAAGAACUUUGUGUGUGUGAAUGAGUAUGUGUGCGCUCCUCUCUGCCUUGGCACGCCUACCUUACUGCGUUGUCGUGGAGUUCAAGAUCAACAGAUAGUAAAAUAAGAGUAAAAGCUGACCUAGGAGGAUUAUCUGGUGAUAGUAAAAGUGACAUUAAAAAAAAGGUAUUGCACCAAUUUUGUUUUAAAACUAAAGAACGUUGAGCUCUGCAGUGCAAAGGACUGUAGCCGCAGCUGGGACUAGCAAGCCCCGCCCACCUUAAUAUAGGGGCGGGGUAUAUCUAGCAAGCCCUCCCACUAGCCCCCUAGUGGGCAGGGGGGAACAGCACUUUCAGAAUAGGCUUUCAAUGUUUUGGAGGUGCCACACUGCAACCUCUUGUUUACAAGACUUAGGAGGCGAAACGUGUGUUCAUUCUUCAUUUUAAAGAGAUGAUGGAAUAAAAUAAAUGAAAAAAAUACACAAAAAAAUUAUAAACUAUAUAAAAAAAACUU